AUGGAUACUCGUAUCAAGUGCCAAAUCUGCAAGAAAUCCUUUACCCAAAAAUCAUCGCUAAUUCGACAUUCGAAACGCUGUACGCCAGGUCCAGCGCCGAGUCUGCGGCAAAAGUCUUGUCGCCAGUGCACGAACUCGAAGACGAGAUGUGAUUUGCAGCGCCCCAAAUGCUCUAGGUGCGAACAACGAGAUUCGCUAUGCGAGUACAUCACUCCUUUAACCAGGGGCACACGGAAGUCACCGCCCCCAACGGGUGAGGAUGUUGUUGACAACAGCGAGGAAGCUCAUGGCAACUUCGAGUCUGCUUCUGCUGUGAACUUUGCAGCAGUAUCGAUUGCGGGCAUGGCUCUUAACUUGAGUCCGCCUUGGGCUUCAUUUGUAUUAAGCAACCCUUCCACCACCACAAACGCUCCCGUAUUCAACACCCAACCACACAAAGAUCCCUUCGACGGCUUUCCAUUCACCUUUUCUCCCAUUACCGAUCCUCUGGUCCCUGUAAAUCAAGAGCCCGCAAGGACGGAAACAACCCUUGAUAGUUACAGGCUUAUUUCAGACGAUUGGCUGCUUUGGAAUCCCGGACCCGGCGGCUCAAUCCCCCCACUUGUGCGGCAUAGUAUGGAAACAUUAUUGCGUGUGAUGAAAACGUGGCCAAAGACUUUGGCUAAGGGAUUCCAGACGCCCCCAAUGUUACACUUCACUCACAUUCAUCCCGAUACGAGAUUGCUGCCGCUGUCGAAUUGCAUUACGGUCACAAAGAUGUGGGCUGGACAAAGCGGUAGGACAACAGAAAUCGUCCGUCAAACCGUGGUACAAGAAAUGCGUACCCUAUUUGAAAGAUACCGAUCCAUGGAUGAGAGGCAUCUUCUUGCAGCCCUUCAGGCACUAGUCUUCUAUACAAUCAUCCUAAUGUUUCCCGGGAAAGGCCAGAUCUCGGUAUCCCUGAUCGAUCCAGCAAUAUUCCUCUGCUUACAACGAGUGGUUUCUUACGUAGCACAGACUGGCCUCAUGCUGACUGAAGAGAGGGACCAUGAGAGGUCAUCCUGGGAGUCAUGGAUUCAUGUCACUGCCAAGAGACGCGCUGUAUUUUCAUUGUACCUCCUCCACUGGUCCUACAGCGUCUACCAUGGCCUUCCAUCCUUCGAGUGCAGCCAGCUGGGCUUCAUGCCCGCGCCAGCUCCUAAAUUUCUCUGGCAAGCUGAAACGAAGGAGAAGUGGGAGGAACUCUACAAUCACUGGCUUGCGCAAUGGGGCAAUACACCCUACAUGAUGCGGGAAUUUGCUGCAAUCCAAUCUGGACCGACACUCGAGAGAAGAUCUGAAAUAUGGUUGGAAGAUGCAGAUGAGUUAGGGGUGCUAUUCUUCUCUAUUGGUACCACCGUUCACCCUUGUGUUGAAUGGUGGUAG